AUGGCUGCUCAAUUGGAGCAGGUUCAAAUAGAUAACAACAGCUUCAGUAGCAAAAUUCCUCAGGGUCUUGGGUUAGUCAAGAGCUUGUAUAGAUUCUCUGCUUCUCUGAAUGGUUUAUAUGGUGAACUUCCUCCAAAUUUCUGUGAUUCCCCUGUUAUGAGUAUAGUAAAUCUCUCCCAUAAUUCACUUUCGGGUCGAAUUCCGGAGGUUAAAAAAUGCAGAAAGCUAGUAUCAUUGUCUUUGGCUGGCAACAGUCAUAAUGGGAAUAUCCCAUCAUCUCUUGGUGAAUUACCAGUGCUAACUUACCUUGAUCUUUCUGAUAAUAAGCUUACCGGUCCAAUCCCGCAGGCGCUUCAAAACUUGAAGCUUGCACUCUUCAAUGUUUCUUCUAAUCAGCUAUCUGGUAGAGUCCCCUACUCUCUUAUUUCAGGCCUGCCAGCUUCAUUUCUUCAAGGAAACCUGACCUUUGUGGUCCAGGAUUACUCAAUCCUUGUUCUGAUGACCAAACCCAAAACACCCUUUUGCUGUUGGAACUUUCAUUGUUGCUGGUGGGUUUAUCGCAUAUCAUCGAUAUCGCAAGCAGAGAACCCAAGUUGGCAUUUGGCGGUCGGGUUCUUUACUCUCAGAGUCACUGAGCAUGAUUUGGUGAUGGGAAUGGAUGAGAAAAGUGCUGCAGGAAGUGCUGGAGUAUUUGGUAGAGUUUAUAUUGUAAGUUUACCAAGUGGUGAACUUGUUGCUGUAAAGAAGCUUGUGAAUUUUGGCGUCCAGUCUUCGAAAGCUUUGAAGGCUGAGAUCAAGACCUUGGCCAAGAUCAGGCACAAAAAUGUUGUGAAAGUGCUGGGGUUCUGUCAUUCCGAUGAUUCGAUAUUUCUGAUAUAUGAGUUCUUACAGAAAGGGAGCUUGGGGGACUUGAUCUCCAGACCUGAUUUUAAUUUGCAGUGGAAUGUCAGAUUGAGAAUUGCCAUUGGUGUUGCCCAAGGAUUGGGAUACCUCCACAAGGAUUAUGUUCCUCAUUUACUGCAUAGAAAUGUCAAAUCGAAAAAUAUCCUUCUGGAUGCAGAUUUCAACCCAAAGCUCGCAGACUUGCUCUUGACAGAAUUGUGGGAGAAGAGCUGCCUUUCAGUCAAACUAUGGCUUCGGAAUCUGCUUUAUCCUGUUACAAUGCGCCAGGAAGUAGAAGGAAUGGAAUGA